AGUAAAACACAAACUAGUUUAGAUAGACGGUUUAAAUUAAAUUAGUUGGACAUAGAAUGGAUCGUUUUAACAUACAAUUCGACAAAUACACUAAAAUAUGGAGUGGCCCAAAAGCGACGAAUUUCUUUGAUGCCGACUGUUCCAUUGGUAAAAUAUUGUUUGCCUUCAUGAGGAAUAAUCCCAAAAAUAUAUGUCAGAUUUCCGAUACUGAAGGAACGGCUUUAACAAACGGCGAGGCCAUAACAUUUGGCAUACGUAUUGCCCAAUAUUUCAAAUCAUUGGGCUUAAAACAAGAUGAUGUGGUGGGCAUUGUGGGAGCCAAUACCACCUAUACCAUGCCUUUGAUUUUGGGCUGUCUAUUAAAUUGUACCCCAUUCCAUGCCAUUAAUCAUCAAAAUGAUGAAGUCACUAUAAAACAAUUAUUUCAAAAUACCCGACCAAAAAUAAUCUUCUGUGAUGGCAGCGUUUACCUGAAUGUGGCAACGAUUGCGAAAAUUUUAAAAGCCAAAGUCUAUACCAUGAAAGAUCAUCGCAUUGAUUUGCCCAAAAUUGAAGAUCUACUCGAGCCAACAAAUGCCGAAUUAUUUUAUGUUCCAGAAACGCUUAAACUUGGUGGUGAUCAAACAGUCGCAAUUCUCUGCACUUCUGGAACUACUGGUGUGCCGAAAAAUGUAUGCAUUUCUAAUUCCUCAUGUCUAUUCGAUUUUGGAUUCGUUACCGGCCAAGAUGUAUUACUCUCCUUUAGCACCAUUGAUGUCUCUUCAGGCAUGUUCAACAUGCUCUUUUCAUGUGGACAUGGCUCUACACGUGUGAUAACAGACAAACCCUACUCGCCAGAGUAUUUGUUAGAAUUGAUUUACAAAUAUCGUGUGACCCUACUAACACUGACUCCCAGAUGUGUCAUAACUUUGACUAAAUGUCCGGAAUUAGCAAAGGAUAAGUUAGCCAGUGUUAGAUUUAUAAGUAUGACUGGAGGCACUUGUCCUGUUACCACUUUAUUGAAAAUGCAAGAUUAUCUCUCAAAUGGUUUUAUAUCUUACGGCUAUGCCUUGACCGAGUGUGGUGGUGUGGCCGCCAACAUGGGUGUCAGUCAUCCAAAUAGUUCAGGCAAAAUUGUACCCGGUGUCAAGGUGAAGAUUUUGGAUGAGAAUGACCGUAGCCUGGGUCAUGGUGAAAUGGGAGAAAUUCUAGUACAUACCAGCAAAGCCUGGAAUGGUUACUAUGGCAAUCCUUCGGAAACGAAACGCAUGCAAGACUAUCAGGGCUGGUUUCACACUGGCGACAUGGGUUACUUCGAUAAGGACAAUUAUUUAUAUAUAGUAGAUCGUAAAUGUGAUUCACUGAAAUUCCAUGGCAUGCAAUAUUGGCCACAUGAAAUCGAACAAUGCGUAGCCGAGUUGCAGGAUGUUGUAGAGGUUUGCGUUUUCGGCCUGUGGAAUGAGGUGGAUGGUGAUGCAGCUGCUGCGGCGGUUGUAAAAGUGGCGUCUAGCAAACUGAGUGAACAAGAUAUUGUGGAAUAUGUGGCCAAGCGUUUGGUAGUCUCUCAUAAACAAUUGCACUGUGGUGUGUUCUUUUUGGAUGAUUUACCCAAGACGGGCAGUGGUAAAGUGUUGAAGGAUAAAGCCCGUGACAUGGCCUUGGGUAAACAGUGGGUGCCACCAAAACCUUUCAGUAUCAAUAGAUAUGUGCAAUAAAUCGUUAGUUUAAAAUUUAUUUAAAUUCUAGUAAAUGUGUUUAAGUUAUUAUAAGAAUUUGUUUGUAUG